CCCUCCUCGUAGUGAUUUGCGUCAUUGUAGUUGGUGCCUCCGGCUUGCUCCGUUUAGUCCCGGUGUUUGGUGAUCAGAGCUCCGACAUGGGUGAAAUUUUACAUGAGCUCGAAUAUGUUCUCAGGUCCAAACCGAACGGUUUGACGAUCGAGGAAGCGAUUUUGCUCCAAACAUGUAGGUCUAAGGCUGUUCGAGAUUUUACAUUUGGUGGUAUCCUUGGAGGUGGCCUGACAUGGGCAGGAACAUGGAGGCUGAAUAAAUUUACUCGGCUAAAUCUUUCCGGAGGAGCUGCUGCGCUUUGUGGAUUUUGGAGAUUUAGCAGGUCCCUAAACUCAUGUGUCGAUUAUAUUCUUUCACUGGAUGGAAGUAGGAUGCAAAAGGAAUUGGCAAAUAUUGUUGUGACGAGAUAUCACAAUGAUCCUCGUGCAAUGCAGUACAUAUCCAAGCAUUUUUUUUAUGAGGAAGUGUUUGACGAUUCAACCUCGGACCGGCCAAAAAUAAGGUGGCGUUAUCGAAAUUUCUUUAGUGAUGAUGUUGCUCAUUCUCAGAGGACGCAUGGUAAUGACAACAACGUGCAUGAAAACUCCCACCGUGAUUCCAGUGCCCACCAGCGCGAUUCCUAUGGUGACUCCGAUGACAAAGGAAAUGCUCAUGAGUUCAAGCCAGUCCUCACUAAGACUGGCACCGAUUCUGCGACGGCAGACCCUCUAGAUUGUAUUUUUGGUACAUUGGCCAGAGAAGAAGAAAUUCAACACUCGACUCCCUCUGCUCCAUCUCCGAAGCCUCACUCUCGUAGCAGAAGAUACAAUCGUCGGCAUCGAAAAGAUAACCAGACAAAACCAACAAACUUUGAAUAUGUGUAAUUUCAGGUUCUAUCCAUUCCAAGAAGAUUUCAUUUUCUGUUUUUAAAAGAAACGAAACAUUCCAUUCGUAGAAAUAAAGAGAGACAUCUUUGUACCUAACCAUGCUAUUGAAGAAGGAAUGUUAAGACAUUUAUGCAGUUCGAGUGCAGUAUUGACAUUUGCCUAUCAUAGGAAUGGAAAAUGGUGUAUAAUCGUUUCCAUCA